AAUCGAUGAAAACAAUGGAUUUGCGGAUCAAUUAAUUGAUUGAUUUGUUGUGAUAUUAACACAAAAUGCAAUUCAAUUCAUAUGUUUUGCUAAUGAGUGCCACAAUUGCCUUCAGAGUGUCAUCAAUUGAAUCAAUUGAACGCCAUUUCAAUUGAUGUCUUGAGGGCGAUCAGUGCCACCACUGCCACCAUAUGAUGGAUGACUACGAGUACGUGCGGAACAUGACGUUAAUGUUCUUCUUGGACCGCCUGAUGUCCAAAGACCAGCCGCGGACUCUUCACGACCUCUCGUGUCAGUUCGGGACCAAAGGCUUCACGAAAGAGAUGCGACAAAUCGCCGGCGGAAGUCAGUCCGGACUCAAGAAGUUUCUCUCGCAAUACCCGUCACUCUUCUCCAUCGAUUCCGAUCAGGUCUCAAUCACACCACUAGUGAAGGAGACAAAUGGCACGAUUGGCUCCGGAAGGCGGGACUACACGAAAGAAGCGGUUGAGUUCUUCAGGGAGAAGUUGGCUCAAUAUGGCAACGCAGAGGUGCCCCUCAAGAGUCUGUUGGGACACCGAUCGCAGGCGCCUCCAGAGGUGCGACACGUGUCCGGACAGCACUCCCGAGAGUUCAAAGAUUUUCUGUGCAAACAUUCGGAUGUGUUUGUCGUUUCCGAUGAUUAUGUGGUUCUUCAGAGUGUUAUCGAGAAACUGGAGGCAGACGGCAAGACCAAGGGGUCACUGACGAGAAUGCCAGAAGAGGUUCCCUUUGAUCCCUAUCUCACCCAACAGUUCAUUUCGAUGCUCGAGACAGAGAUCACACGACUGAUCCCUCAAUACUCAUCCAAACUGACAAUCGAUUUGCUAUUUAAUCACUUGAAGACAGACUGCUGUCAGGACUCGUGGACUCAUUGCGUUAAGAACGCCAACGAUUUGAUAACAUUUCUCAAAAUGAAUUCAAAGAUCUUUUUGGUUGAGUCCCACUUCGUAUCACUGACUCCCGGAAGACUGGAGCAAAACGCGGAACAACUCAAUAACCAUAAUAACCGCAACAAUAGUAACCACUCGUUGACGUCCAUCUCGUCCUCGCAGUCUUCAAACACAUCGACCCCCAUAUCGACCCCCAUAUCUUCGCCCUCACGAGUCAAUAGCGCCUCGUCUGCCAACUCAAUGAAUCAGAGAAUUCGCAACCAAAUCAUGAAAAUAGUUUCAGACAAUUCUCAACUCAAGUACAAGAAUAUGUCCAAUAAUACUAAUACCGGUAAUCAUAAUACUAAUAGCAGUAACCUGUGGGCCGGCACUGAAGCCAAUGUUAUUCGCAAUACAAGGAUAAUCACCAAAACAAAAGAAGGUGAAGAAGUGGUGGCAGAUAUUCUCAGACACAAUACGUUUGUUGCGGUCGACUGCGAAGGCGUCAAUUUGGGCGCCGGCGGACAAAUCACUUUAGUUCAAUUGGCGUAUAUGUCCGCUUCAGAUCCACACUCAUCUGUGCCUAAGAUUUGUAUAUUUGAUGUCUUCUUAAAUCCUGAUUUCCUCAAGAGUUGUUUGAAAUCGUUGUUUGAAUCGGAAAAAGUAAUUAAAGUGAUUCACGACGUGAGGAAUGAUAGCAGUUGUCUACAUAACCAGUACGGGAUAACCAUAGCCAACAUCUUUGACACUCAGGUCUCGCACUCAAUAAUACAACAGCAGAACACCGGAAGGCCUGCAUAUAAAGCCAAAUACAUAUCGCUGAACAACUUAUGCGAACUGUACGGCAGCUCUGGAUAUCAGUCUAACCCUAAGAAGGAACAAAUGAAGAAAGUCUAUCGAAAGGAUCAGAAGUAUUGGAGUCAUAGACCCCUAACUGAAGAGAUGAUCUUUUAUGCAGCGUUUGAUGUCUUCGCUUUAGUUCCCGAUGUUUACAAUAAUAUGUUGAAAUCAAUUCGUGCCGAAUAUAUGCCUUUACUUAAACAACUCAACUAUGAGGCAGUCUUCGCCAAAAUAGACACCGAAAGAGUGAAACAAUUGAAAAAACAGCGCAAAGUCGAUAUGGAAGUCAUGGACCUGAAGCUCAAACUCUUCAACACGGAAUCCAAACAAAUUGUUUUAAGUAAUCGUGAGAUCAGACUAUUAAGAUAUAUUGAUCUCACGGAUGAGAUUCGAGUGAAGAUUGAAGGCUCACAAAAAGUGGCCAAAAAGUUGGAGAGAAUUGAUAAGAAAAGUCUGGAGACGACCACUGGCUCUGCGAACGUUCAAAACAAUGAUACAAAUGAUAUGAGUUCUAGUGAUGAGGAGUCGGACAGGAAUUCGGAUAUUGAAUCCGACAUUGAAGGCGAGGAUGUGAUCAAAAGUGUGGAAUUAAACAAUAAUAUAUUCACAAGCGUUCCCUUCAGUCCAUCCGAUUCUCUCAUAUCAACCAAAAGUUGCUGUAAUUGUGUUUGUCAUCAAAACAAUGGCUCGUCUGAAUUGAGUCCAAACAAACCGAUGACUAAUGAUAAUCAUGUGAAUAAGAGACCGGUUUGUGAGGCAUCGGUUCAGACGUUGGCGACCGGGGAUAUAGUUAUCACUAAAGUUUAUUUUGAUGAGAAUCAGCAAUAAUUACUGUUAUAUCAAAAUAUUAAUGCCUUAGACAAUGUCUUAAUUUAAGUAACAAAAGCCUUUCAAAUAUUGAAGUGCAGCUCAUCCACAGUCCAUACCUAUUGGCCGAACAUGCCUUGCAAUACAUACAAAGAGUGUCUAUUUUUGACUGAAUAUUAUUAGAGUUACUGAAGAUAUUGUUUGUCAUAACAGGACUGUUGGUGAGCUCCACAUCAUUGUAUAGAAUGUUUAAAUAGAUAUG